GCCUGAAAAUGGGACAUUAGGCCUUCACUUAGGAUCAGGAAAAUGAUAAUGUUUUUCUACUUUAAAGGCUACUUUUGCUACUUCCUCUCAAAGUAUACAGAUUUUGCUGCUGCUCUGGAGCAUAUGGACCAUGGAAUUCGGGGUCGCCCCUGGCAGUUUCCUCAUCGGUAUCGCUAUGCCCGAGAAAAGAUGCCAUAUUAUGCCUAUCAUUGCAAGCCGAUAGGUCCACCAUUGCCCCUCUUUGUUAAAAAAAGGCUUCCAAGAUAUGGGUCCCAAUUUAUUCCACUGCACGGGUCAAAGUAUAUUUCCUCCAGGAGCAUUCCAGUCCAUGGCCAUGGAAUUUGGGUGACACCAUCCUCGCUGGCCCGUGUAGCUGGCUAUCAGCCACGGACCAUCCCCAGAGCCUCUGAAGCAUGCGCUAGCAAGUCCCCGAAAAUAAGAACAACCAGGAAUCUGAUGAGGUCAUGCACAGAUGGCUAUCAGUAUGCGCUGCAGACUACAAUUCCAUAUGAUGGCAUGACUAAAGGUCCGCAUGGCCCCAUUAACAAGGGCUCAUUACCAUGUGUAGCUCCUGAGCGUGUCCCUCGGAUGACUAAAGGUCCGGUGCUUUACUCCUCCAGAGAUCUGCACCCAACCUUAACCCAGAUCUCAUUACCAUGCAUUUCCAAAGGGCUGGCAUUCGAUGCAUCUCAGGAUCCCUUGCUUUGCUCCAGCAGGGAAGAGCUAGCCCAGAGGAGCCAAGGACCAGCACAAUAUCCAUCAAAGGGUACCCAGAGAAGCAAAGCCAGAGAUUCACAUCUCCCCGUGACCAAGGACCCACCCCAGCCUGAAGCAAAGGGCAGCCAGCCACGGGCCACGAAAGGCCCACGGCUAAUCGCAACGAAGGCCCCACGCUUCAGCGCCCUGACGGCUUCACGCUCUUUCCUGAAGCGGGGUGCCCGCUCCUUUCUAACAAAAACCUCCCAACCUAAUUUGGCCAAGGGCUCACAGUCAUCUCUAUCCAAAAAUUCUCGGCUCUCCUUGGCCAAGGGGUCUCAGCCCAGCCUUGUCCGUACGGCCACCUCCCCUGCCCCCAAGACGCUGUCCAAAAAUGUGAAAAUUUCAAGCACUGGGAAGAAAUAUUGCUCAGCGACCAAAUGGCCAUUUUGAAAGCAAGGGAGGGACCUUGCAGAAGGGCGUGUCUGCCAUCCAGAGGAUGGGGAGGAUUUUCUUUCUGCUAAGAAAUGAGCAACUUUGCAUUUCCCCAAGCUGAUACACAAGCUGGA